CCGUGACGUCACGGCCUCACCUUGUUGGUCAGUUAAGUUUCGGUUUCGGUGCUCCUCGUGUCGCAGCUUCGUGUCUCCGUUACAGGACGGUAAGGGAUCACUGUUGUCUCUGUGUGACUUCUGAUCGGCUCCAACCGCCAUCGGCUUAUUUCCGGUGGAAACAGCAGAAACACCUCGCGGGUCGCCGGGAAAUCGGUGCCUUUUGUGUCGCAGAGAAACAAAAAUUACUACAACUAACUGUUGUGUGUUCUGUCCUCAACAUAACAGCUUUUAACGCAAUUCGUGUAUACUUACCUGCAUGAGGAUGAGGGAUGUCUUACGAGGUGUUUUACGAUGUGUGUGUGUGUGUUAACCCACUAUCAGCCUGUUAUCCACACCAAGAAAAAAGAAAUUUCCAAAGUAACGUAACAUGUCAACAUUUCUCAAGUGACAGGAAGUUUCAUAACCUGACGGAUUAAAGAAAAGUGUUUUUCUCAUCUGAUGUUUUGUGAAGUUGAUGAAAAGUCGUGAAAUGCUGUGAAUUUGUGGAAAUCAGUCAGCAGGUACACACACACACAGUCCUCCAUCAGGAAACGUUUGUAUGGCUGUCGUCACUCUGUGUCAGGUGAAAAUGAUUUCACGCUGAGCUUUGUGUGUGUGUCAUGUGACUGACGGGAGUGAUGAGGAAUAACCUGUGGGAUUUCCCAGCAGGCUGUUGUGUUCGGGGCGAAGGUAUGAAUCGGUGCGAGGAGCCCGAGGAGGGAGCCCCUCCCUCUAAACUCGUGCUGUGUGGCGAAGGUGACGGCCAGACCGAAGCUCACAGCCCGGAGAGGCAGCGCAUCCCGGACCCACCUGGACCUGAACACAGCUGUGUCUCCAUGAAGAGUGAUCUGUCAAUGGAGCCUCCUCUUGCCUUCAGACGUUUAUCUGCUGAUGGAAGUUUCGAUGAGGAGAACUCAGACGCUCCCAGUGACCAGUCAGCCUGGCAGCAUCAAAAACACCUGGAAUCCAUAUUUAUGCUGCUCGAGGAGAACAUUGUCACUUUUGUGAAGACCGAACUGAAGAAGAUCCAGAAGACUUUCAAUUCAUGUCACCCAGAAGGCUCAACGAAUCAGAUGGAGGAUGAGGAUGUCUUGGACAACGAGGAAGACGAGCAGAGGAGGAGCAGCAUGGAGGCGUUUCUGAAGAUCACGCAGUACUUCCUGAAAAGAAUGAACCAGGAGGAGCUGGCUGACUGUCUGCAGAGCAGAUAUCCCGUUUCAGCUGGCUUCCAGUAUAAACUGAAAUCUAGCCUGAAGGAGAAGUUCCAGUUUGUGUUUGAGGGGAUUGCCAAAGCAGGAAACCCAGCUCCUCUGAAUGAGAUCUACACAGAGAUCCACAUCACAGAGGGAGGGGCCGGAAAGCUCAAUGAUGAACAUGAGGUCAGACAGAUUGAAAAGGCAUCCAGGAGACCAGCCAGACCAGAAACCACAAUCAGACAUGAAGACAUCUUAAAGGCCUCGCCUGGGACGGGUCGACCAAUCAGAACAGUGAUCACAAAGGGCGUGGCUGGCAUUGGGAAAACAGUCUUAAUGCAGAAGUUCACUCUGGACUGGGCUGAGGACAAAACCAACCAGGACAUCCAGUUGAUAUUUCCAUUCACCUUCAGAGAGCUGAAUGUGAUGAAAGAGAAAAAGUUCAGCUUGGUGGAACUCGUUCAUCACUUCUUCGCUGAAACCAAAGAAGCAGGAAUCUGCAGGUUUGAGAAGUUCCAGGUUGUGUUCAUCUUUGACGGUCUGGAUGAGUGUCGACUUCCUCUGGACUUCCACAACAAUGAGAUCCUGACUGAUGUCACAGAGUCCACCUCAGUGGAUGUGCUGCUGACAAACCUCAUCAGGGGGAAUCUGCUUCCCUCUGCUCGCCUCUGGAUAACCUCACGACCUGCAGCAGCCAAUCAGAUCCCUCCUGAGUGUGUCGACAUGGUGACAGAGGUCAGAGGGUUCACUGACCCACAGAAGGAGGAGUACUUCAGGAAGAGAUCCAGAGAUGAUGAGGAGCAGCCCAGCAGAAUCAUCUCCCACAUCAAGACAUCACGAAGCCUCCACAUCAUGUGCCACAUCCCAGUCUUCUGCUGGAUCACUGCUACAGUUCUGGAAGAUAAGUUGAAGACCAGAGAGGGAGGAGAGCUGCCCAGGACCCUGACUGAGAUGUACAUCCACUUCCUGGUGGUUCAGUCCAAAGUGAAGAACAUCAAGUUUGAUGGAGGAGCUGAGACAGAUCCACACUGGAAUCCAGACAGCAGGAAGAUGAUUGAGUCUCUGGGAAAACUGGCAUUUGAGCAGCUGCAGAAAGGCCACCUGAUCUUCUAUGAAUCAGACCUGACAGACUGUGGCAUUGAAGUCAAAGAAGCCUCGAUGUGCUCAGGAGUGUUCACCCAGAUCUUUAUAGAGGAGAGAGGACUGUACCAGGACAAGGUGUUCUGCUUCGUCCAUCUGAGCGUUCAGGAGUUUCUGGCUGCUCUUCAUGCCCAUCAGACAUUCACCAACUCUGGUGUCAACCUGCUGGCAGAAGAACAACCAACAUCCCAGAAGUCUGAAACAAGAACAGAUGAAUCUGCAGAGACACAGUUCUACUGGAGUGCUGUGGACGAGGCCUUACAGAGUCCAAAUGGACACCUGGACUUGUUCCUUCGCUUCCUCCUGGGCCUUUCAUUGCAGACCAAUCAGAGUCUCCUUCGAGGCUGGCUGACUCAAACAGGAAGCAGCUCACAGACCAAUCAGGAAACAGUCCAGUUCAUUAAGAAGAAGAUCAGUGAGAAUCUGUCUCCUGAGAGGAGCAUCAAUCUGUUCCACUGUCUGAAUGAGCUGAAUGAUCAUUCUCUUGUGGAGGAGAUUCAACGGUACCUGAAGUCAGGAAGUCUCUCCACAGAUCAACUGUCUCCUGCUCAGUGGUCAGCUCUGGUCUUCAUCCUACUGUCAUCAGAAAAAGAUCUGGAUGUGUUUGAGCUGAAGAAAUACUCUGAUUCAGAGGAGGCUCUUCUGAGGCUGCUGCCAGUGGUCAAAGCCUCCUACAAAGCUCUGCUGAGUGGGUGUAACCUGUCAGAGAGAAGCUGUGAAGCUCUGUCCAAAGUUCUCAGCUCCCAGUCCUCUGGUCUGAGAGAGCUGGACCUGAGUAACAACAACCUACAGGAUUCAGGAGUCAAGCUGCUGUCUGUUGGACUGCAGAGUCCACACUGUAAACUGGAAACUCUCAGGCUGUCCGGCUGUCUGAUCACAGAGGACGGCUGUGGUUCUCUGGCCUCAGCUCUGAACUCCAACCCAUCCCACCUGAGAGAGCUGGACCUGAGCUACAAUCACCCAGGACACUCAGGAGUGAAGCUGCUGUCUGCUGGACUGCACACUCUCAGGGUGGAGCCUUGUGGAGUCCGAUGGGUGAGACCGGGUCUGAGGAAGUAUGCCUGCGAGCUCACGCUCGACACAAACACGCUAAACACAAGGAUCAAACUGUCUGACAACAACAGGAAGAUGUCACACGUGGAUGAGGAUCAGCCAUAUCCCGACCAUCCAGACAGAUUCGACUACUGGCCUCAGCUGCUGUGUAGAGAUGGUCUGACUGGUCGCUGCUACUGGGAGGUCGAGUGGAGCGGAAGACUUCACAUAGCGGUGACUUACAAAGGUAUCAGCAGGAAGGGAAACGGAUACGAGUGUUUGUUCGGAAGGAAUGAUCAGUCCUGGAGUCUGGUCUGCUCCGAUACCAUUGGCUACUCUGUCUGGUAUGACAACAAGGCAACCUACAUCACCUCCUCCUCGUCGUCCUCCUCCUCCUCCGACAGAGUUGCAGUGUAUGUGGACUGUCCUGCUGGCACUCUGUCCUUCUACAGAGUCUGCUCGGACACACCGAUCCACCUCCACACCUUCAACACCACAUUCACUGAACCUCUUUAUCCUGGCUUCAGGUUCUGGUCCGACAGGGCUGGUUCCUCAGCAUUUCUGUGUUCUCUGCAGGAAAGUGAGUCUCCUCCUCCUGCUCACCAGAUAGCUCAGUCUGUACAGGAAGGUCACUGUCAACCUGAUCUGUUUAAUGAGGCGGUGGAGGAUGUGGGGGCUGAUGGAGCUGCAUGAUCGUUGGCUGACUGAAGGGAUGUCCAUGUUUACUUCCCCUCAGCACUUGUCCCUGCUGGAAUCCAUAACAAAUGUCAUUCCGUUUCUCUGGUAAACUCAAGUUAAAUUUCAGUUUCUCAUUGUUUCCGCUACAAGUUCAACAGACGUUUGUGACGUUUGAACAAUCAGAAAGACUGAGCUAAAGAACCUAUAACACAGAAAUGAAUGAACUCAGCCUUAUUGGCAGCUUUUGAUUGUUUUUAUUAUUAUUUAUUGUGCCAGUACCAGCUGGUGAUUGCUUUCCUAACUGCAUCCCUUACAUAGUCAGACCCAUCUCCACAUCUCCACAAAGGUCUGGCUGUGCACAUUAUCAUUCUAGUAUAAAGAAAAAACACUCUGGCACCUUUUUAUUCCUUUAAACCAAUCACAGUGGUGUUUGGCAGCGAUGAACCCAGGAGCCAUGGUGCCUCUCACUUCCAGUGAGUCAGACGACUCUUUGCACAGCCUCAUGUCGCCUGUAGAUGUGAGCCAGAUUACACAAACUGAGCCAAGAGUUUAAAUAAAGUCCUCCUCUGGGUCCUCAUACUGAAGACCCAAUCCUAAUCGUGUUGAAAUUCAGUUUUCCUAAACCAAUGGAACUUGCUUUGUGCAAUUACUUCACUAGAAUGUUACAAUGCCUUGUUAUUUGCACUGAGUACAACCUGAAUCACUGAAUCAUGUGGUUUUGCACACCGUUUCACAUUGUAGUAAUGUUGUGAUUGUUUAUGUUGUGGUAUUUAAAGGCCAGAGGAGAAGAAGAGCAGAGUGACAAACCUGCGAGGCACAAUAAAGUGAAUGGCUUUUGCUGACUGCAAGUCUGUCUUUAGGGAUUUUCUUUCCAAGUAUGUAAAUAUAAAGCUUGUCCUGCACUGCACUGGGAUCUGUUUUGUCCCUUGUUUUGAGCGCAUGAAAAGGUGUUCAAUAUGUUCAACAUGUUGGGGGCGGGCGGGCGAAACAGCCAUUAAGCCAAUUGUCCUCAUACAAACAAACUCUAAACUCAUUAAUAUCACCGGAGAGAAAGUUCAGUUGACUGAGCUGAGAGAAUUGAAUGAUUGUGAGAUUUGUGUCUGAAGCGGUUUGGCCCCUUGUGAUCCUUCGCUGUAACAGCCACAGAUCAACCUGCCCGACGACGUGAGGAGCUGCAGCUCCAGCAGCUCCAGCAGCACCUUCAGAACCUUUCAUGACUGCUUUAACUGACGAGGAUUUAUUUGUGAUGUGCUUUUAUUUUGUUUUAUUUUGUAUUAUGUGUCUUGUGUGCUCUUUUUGUACUGUACUUUACUCCACUUUUUAUUAUUGUACUGUUUCUCUGCAAAGGGAUCACAUAUGCCAAGCAACCUGACGUUAUAAUCUGGUUUGAUGUGUGCAUUAAACAAAUAAAUAAAGAUAAAUAAAUUAACUUUCUCAAAA